UAUCUCACCAUCGAUUGCGAAAGAGAUUGUUUGCAAGAAUAAGAUAUAUCUGAGUUAGCGUCAUAAACUCGAGUAAUUGUCUAUAGUACUGCGAGAAAAUUCGGGUUCAGCCUGAUUCAACAACGUCGUCAUGGCCGGCCACGCUCAUUCUGAACCAUGGGAUGUCGGCUUCUUGCCAGUCGACCCCGUCCAUAAACUGUACUACGAACAAUACGGCCCCCGUGAUGGCAAGCCAGUCGUUUUCUUGCACGGCGGUCCAGGAGGGCAAACAUCCAAGAGCAAUACCGAGUUCUUUGACCCAAAGAUCUACCGUGUCGUCCUUUUCGAUCAGAGAGGUGCCGGAAAUUCUACUCCUCCAGCAGAACUCCAAAACAACACGUCACAGCAUCUCGUCGCAGACAUUGAAACUCUUCGCCAGCAUUUGCAGAUCGAUGUCUGGCAUCUCGUCUUCGGGGGCUCGUGGGGCUCAACACUUGCACUGCUCUAUUCGCAGACUCACCCAAACCGGGUCAAAUCCCUAGUCAUUCGCGGAAUCUUCACAGUCACGAAAGCUGAGCUUGAAUGGUCGUUCUCGGUCGGUGGACUGGGCUCCAGGCGCAUGUUUCCGGAUGCUUUCGAUGAAUUUCUCGAUUUUCUUCCCAGCUCAGAUCGGAGUGAUCCUCUGAGCGGAUACUACAAGCUCUUGACAUCCGAUGAUCCCAAGGAAAGGAGUAGGGCUGCAAGAGCAUGGAAUAAGUCGGAGUUGACGAUGUCGCAACUCCAGCCUCAGGAGAACACCUUCCAAAAGCUGGAUGAUGACCGUUGGUGCCUAGCCCAUGCACGAAUCGAGGCACAUUAUUUCAAGCAUGGCGCAUGGUUGGAAGAGGGGCAACUGAUUCAAAAGGACAACAUUGAUCGCAUCAGACACAUUCCAACGACGAUUGUCCAUGGGCGAUACGAUGUGGUUUGCCCCCCAAAGGCGGCUUGGGACUUACACAAAGCUUUCCCUGAGGCGAAGAUGAUCUGGGUGCCUGAUGCCGGUCAUGCGGCGACAGAGCCUGGUAUAUUUCAAGAACUCGUUAACGCGUGCGACAUCUAUGCUCAUGAAUCAUGA